GAGGGGCUGGUGAUUGGCCGAUUCGGAUCACGUGCCCUCGCGUCUGCCGCCGUCCUCUGUCUUAGUUCGUCGUCCUAUCUCUGUUGUAGCUUCCCGGCUCUGCUCUGUCCUGUGCCACCGAGGCCGGGCCGUCCCGGAGACUCGAGCCGCUUCCCCGUCAUGGAUAACUCCGGCAAGGAGGCAGAGGCGCUGGCGCUGCUGGCCGAGGCAGAGCGCAAGGUCAAGAACUCGCAGUCCUUCUUCUCCGGUCUCUUCGGAGGCUCGUCCAAAAUCGAGGAGGCGUGUGAAAUCUACUCAAGAGCCGCAAAUAUGUUCAAGAUGGCCAAGAGCUGGAGUGCUGCUGGGAAUGCAUUCUGCCACGCGGCCCAGCUGCACCUCCAGCUUCAAAGCAAGCAUGAUGCGGCCACCAGUUUUGUGGAUGCAGGGAACGCCUUCAAGAAAGCAGACCCCCAAGAGGCUAUUAACUGUUUGAUGAGAGCUAUUGAGAUCUACACAGACAUGGGCCGCUUCACGAUCGCAGCCAAACACCACAUCUCCAUUGCUGAGAUCUAUGAGACGGAGCUGGUGGACAUUGAGAAGGCCAUAGCUCAUUAUGAGCAGUCUGCAGAUUAUUACAAGGGGGAAGAGUCCAACAGCUCUGCCAACAAGUGCCUGCUGAAGGUGGCUGGUUAUGCCGCUCAGCUGGAGCAGUACCAGAAGGCCAUUGAGAUCUAUGAGCAGGUGGGAACGAAUGCCAUGGACAGUCCCCUGCUGAAGUACAGUGCAAAGGACUAUUUCUUCAAGGCCGCUCUGUGUCACUUCUGCAUUGACAUGCUGAAUGCCAAGUUGGCCGUACAGAAAUACGAAGAGAUGUUUCCAGCUUUUUCUGAUUCCCGAGAAUGCAAGCUAAUCAAAAAACUCCUGGAUGCCCACGAAGAACAGAAUGUGGAUGCCUACACCGAGCUGGUAAAGGAAUACGAUUCCAUCUCGAGGCUGGACCAGUGGCUUACCACCAUGCUUCUGCGCAUCAAGAAGACCAUCCAGGGGGACGAGGAAGAUCUUCGCUAGCCCCCAGCCCCAGCGGGCUCUUGACCUCCAUUGGGCUCCCCCUGACCUCCCCCCUUCAAGGCUAAACAGAUUGUAGGAUGGGUGGGGAGGGAGGUGUGGGGGAGACCCUGCCUGGAGGCCUGUAGCCAGGGGAUUGAACCCCACAGCCAGAGGUCCAGAGGGAGUCCCAGCCCGGAGCCUGGCCCCUCUGUGGCCCAGCACAUCUGCACAGAACCAGGACUUCAGCCUAACCCGUGCCCUGGCCUGCCUUCUCACCAGGGGAGCAGGGGGGAUUCUCUGCUUCCCUUUGCCGCCCCCCCCCCCCAGGGGGCCCUCUGCUCAGGCUCUGCCCCCCUUUCUAUGCAUCCUUUCCCCCAGGCCCCCCCACCUCUCAGGUUUGGCCCUUUGGCCCAGGAUGCUUCUCCCCUCCCCCUCCCGUGCCCCCCUCCCGCUGCUGGGGGAACGGGGCUCAGAGCAUGUUUGUCAAGUGGGUCGGACGGGAGGAUGACUGGAGAACAAAAAUAAACAGUUUUGCAUGA